AUGGAAAUUUACAUUAUUGUCGACCAAGCACUUCCAUCCGACGUUCGAGAGGUCUACAAUAAUUUAAAUCAAAACGUGACAGUCUACUCAACUAUUGGAGCUCUCAGUCUUCAAACCAUUCCGAGUCGGAUCAACUUUGUUCUGAUGUGUGGAUCUGUGUUCAUCUGGCCAUUUAUCAGUUUUUACUUCAGAAGGUAAAAACAGACUUGGCUACAUGAUUAUUGCCUAGCAAUCGAAAAAUUAAUUGAAAAGCAGAGUAUUCACAAAUUUUUUCAGCCAAAUUCUCCAAAUUGUCAACGAUCAUAUGGAGCAGUCGUCAAUUGCAAAAAAAUCGCAAAAUCGUUCCUUCAUCACUGUAAGUUCAUCUUCCAGACCGGUUUUUUCAUCACCACUAUGGUUUGUACUUUAGGGACUCACCAUCCAAGCCCUACUUCCACUCUGCUCCUACUUCCCCGUCUUCGCUCUGUAUGUCUAUUGCAUAUUCACUCGUAAGUCUCAACUGCAAAUCUCCGAAAUUCUACUGAUUUUCACAUUUCAGAUCAGGAAAUUCUGUUUCAACAGUUCUUCAUGUACAUCUUCUCAUCGCUUCCAGCUCUUCUUGAUCCCAUGAUUACACUGUAUUUUGUGGUCCCUUAUCGUAGGACUUUGAUGAGAUGGUGCAGUGUUAUGAACUCGCCCCCAGUAGUUCCCACCACAGUAUCGGUUGUGCUCUAG